GGGGAAGAAGAGGAUCAGCCUGAGGAGGAGGAAGAAGAGAAGGAGAAGGAAGAGGGAAGCAAGAGCAGCACUGCUGAGGGACAAGAGUCUGGAGGGCCUGUGCCCCGACAGAGCUGGCAGCCCGGGACUCUGUCCUGCCCUGUGCCUGCUGCGUCCGCCAAGGCCAUGGGCCCAGGGGCUCUACUGGUCCUGCUGGCAGCCACAUCGUGGCAAGGUGGAGAAGGCGUGCCCGUGAUAGAACCCAGAGGCCCUGAGCUGCUCGUGGAACCGGGCGCGACAGUGACUCUGCGGUGCAUGGGCAAUGGCACUGUGAUGUGGGGUGGCCCCAUCUCUUCCCACUGGAACCUGGAUCCGGACGCCCCCAACAGUAUCCUGAUCACAAACAAUGCCACCUUCAGAAACACGGGGACCUACCGCUGCACGGAGCUUGGAGAGCCCCUAGGGGGCAGUGCCACCAUCCAUGUCUACGUCAAAGACCCCGUCCGGCCCUGGAAUGUGCUGGUCCACGAGGUGGCGGUGGACGAGGGGCAGGACGCCUUGCUACCCUGUCUGCUCACUGACCCUGCGCUGGCUGCAGAUGUCUCCCUGAUGCGCCUGCACAACCGGCCUGUCAGGCGUCAAACCAAUUACUCCUUCUCACCCUGGUAUGGCUUUACCAUCCACAAGGCCGAGUUUCUUGACAGCCGGGACUACCAAUGCUGUGCCGUGGUGGGAGGCGAGGUAGUCAAGUCCACCGUCAUCAAGCUCACUGUGCGGAAAGUCCUCCCAGGACCCCCAACCUUGACUCUGGAGCCAACCGAGCUGGUGCGGAUUCGAGGGGAGACUGCUCGUAUCUCCUGCACAGCCAGCAACCUUGACCUCAACUAUAGCGUCCAUAUGUACCACGGAGACACCAAGCUCGCCAUCGCCGAACAGUCUGACUUCCAAAAUAGUAACUACCAUAAAGUCCUGACCCUCGCCCUCAGCAACGUAAGCUUCCACGAUGCUGGAAACUACUCAUGCGUGGCCACCAACGCGCGGGGUGCCCGCUCCUCCUCCAUGUUCUUCCUGGUGGUAGAGAGUGCCUAUGUGAACUUGACCUCCGAGCAUAGCCUCUUCCAGGAGGUGACCGUGGGCAAGACCCUGACCCUGAAUGUCAAGGUGGAGGCCUACCCAGCCCUGCAAAGUUUUCAUUGGACCUACCUGGGGCCCUUCUCUGACGACCACCAGCCCAAGCUUGACUUUGUCACCACAAAGGAAACAUACAGGUAUACAUCGAGCCUCUCCCUGCUGCGCCUGAAGCCCACGGAGGCUGGCCGCUACUCCUUUCUGGCCAGGAACGCGGGUGGCCUGAGGACUCUGACGUUUGAGCUUACCUUGCAAUAUCCUCCUGAGGUGACCCUCACAGGGACCAAUGUCAAUGGCUCAGAAACUCUCUUCUGCGAAGCCUCUGGGUACCCCCAGCCCAAUGUGACAUGGCUGCAGUGCAGGGGUCACACUGAUAGAUGUGACGAGGCCCAUGCACUGUUGGUCUGGGAGGACCCGCACCCCAAGGUACUGAGCCAGGAGCCCUUCCACAAAGUGACUGUCCGGAGCCUGCUGCCUGUUGGCAGCCUGGAGCACAAUAUGACCUAUGGUUGCAUGGCGCAGAACAGCCUGGGCAACCACUCACAGGCCUUCAGGCCUGUCUCUGGCGGGGCUCGCUCACAGCAACCUGACGACUCUCUCUUCACACCUGUGGUGGUUGCCUGCCUGUCCAUCAUGGCCUUGCUGCUGUUGCUGCUGUUGCUGCUCUUGUACAAGUACAAGCAGAAGCCCAAGUACCAGGUACGCUGGAAGAUCAUUGAGAGCUUUGAGGGCAACAACUAUACCUUCAUCGACCCUACGCAGCUGCCCUACAAUGAGAAGUGGGAAUUCCCUAGGAACAACCUGCAGUUUGGUAAGACCCUGGGCGCCGGUGCCUUCGGGAAGGUGGUGGAGGCUACGGCUUUCGGUCUGGGCAAGGAGGACGCUGUGCUGAAGGUGGCGGUGAAGAUGCUCAAGUCCACGGCUCAUGCUGACGAGAAGGAGGCCCUCAUGUCGGAACUGAAGAUCAUGAGUCACCUGGGCCAGCACGAGAACAUAGUCAACCUCCUGGGAGCCUGCACUCAUGGAGGCCCUGUUCUGGUCAUCACCGAGUACUGCUGCUAUGGUGACCUGCUCAACUUCCUGCGAAGAAAAGCUGAAGCCAUGUUGGGCCUUAGCCAGGAGCCUGAGGGGGACAUCAGCUACAAGAACAUUCACUUGGAGAAGAAAUACCUCCGCAGGGACAGUGGUUUCUCUAGCCAGGGUGUGGACACCUAUGUGGAAAUGAGGCCCAUCUCCACUUCUUCAAACGACUCCUUCUCUGAGCAAGGCAUGGACAAGGAAGACGGCCGACCGCUGGAGCUCCGUGACUUGCUCCACUUCUCCAGUCAAGUGGCCCAGGGCAUGGCCUUCCUGGCUUCCAAGAACUGCAUCCACAGAGAUGUAGCAGCCCGCAACGUGCUGCUGACCAGUGGGCAUGUGGCCAAGAUUGGGGACUUUGGGCUGGCUAGGGACAUCAUGAAUGAUUCCAACUACAUCGUCAAGGGCAAUGCCCGCCUGCCUGUGAAGUGGAUGGCCCCGGAGAGCAUUUUCAACUGCAUCUACACGGUCCAGAGCGACGUCUGGUCCUACGGCAUCCUGCUCUGGGAGAUCUUCUCACUUGGGGUCAACCCCUACCCUGGGAUCCUGGUGAACAGCAAGUUCUAUAAACUGGUAAAAGAUGGAUACCAAAUGGCUCAGCCUGCAUUUGCUCCAAAGAACAUAUACAGCAUCAUGCAGGCCUGCUGGGCCCUGGAGCCCACACACAGACCCACCUUCCAGCAGAUCUGCAUCCUCCUCCAGAAGCAGCUCCAAGCAGCCACCAGGGAGCAGGGCUACACCAACCUGCCCAGUGGAAGCAGCAGCAGUGGCAGCAGCAGUGAACCUGAGGAAGAAAGCUCCAGCGAGCACUUGACCUUCUGUGAGCCAGGGGAGAUGGCCCAGCCUGGGCUGCAGCCCAAUAACUACCAGUUCUGCUGAAGAGCCAGGCCUUGGGAACGCUGCCUCUCCCCUCCUCCAUGGAUGGGCAACAUGGGGAGAAUGUACAAACUCUGCCCUCAAGUCAUUUCACUUACCAGCUCAGCCCAGCUCUAAUACUUGGGAAAGUGAGGUGCCUGUGGAAGUCUCACUCCCAGAGCCUGGGCUACCACUGCCAGUCAGGGGCUGAGCCCCUGCCCUGCUCCCUCCUAGCCUUAUGUUUGCUGUGUUACCUAAUGCCCUGUUAUCUCCAUGCCAAUAGACUGAGUUUGUGCAAUGAGCCCCCAGCAAGCUGCCCUGCCACUGAGGAAAGGCCCCUUGGGGCUGGACAGCCCCCAGACCUGGUACUGCGAUCAUGAGCCCAAUCUGCAGCUAAGAGCAAGGGGAAUGCAGCCAGUCCCCUGAUGCUUUUUGGGUGGAGACGAGGGACUUCAGCAUGAAGCUGGCUAGGCCCAGCCGCCUUAGGAUAUCCUGACUAACAGAUCUGCUGGAGGCUGUUGCCUCAGCAUUAAACUAACAGUGUUCAUA